UGAGACUUAGAAUUGCCGUCGACGCGUGUGGUUAGAAGACGGUCAUACCAAAACCCAGCCAAAACGCAAAACAAACACAACAUACGAAGUCUUAACGCAUAGGAAAGUUUUAUAGAAAGUCUUUUGCGCUUUUUGUCCUCUGCUGCUGCUGCUUCUCUUACUUACUGUGCUUACUUUCUCUAAUUCGAUUGUAAUUAAUUACGACGACGAUGUCACUCGCACCUGCUGGUGCUGCCGCUGCCGCUGCCGCAGCCGCCGCUGCCAACGGCGCUAAUAAAGAUGAAGAAAUCAGUGUGCCGAAAUCUGACAGUUUCUUCGAAACGAAAACCUUCCGACUAAUCUCCUUGUUUAUAUACAUGGCGGGCAUAAGUGGCUUGGGCAUGACAUUAGCCAUGUACUAUUUAUUUAUUUGGGAUUCGCGUAUGCCACCGCUGCCGGAGUACAAACAUGCGCAUCAUGUGGGCUAAGGAGUGCUCGUAGUUGUGUGGGGAGUGUAUGAUUGAUACGAAUUACGAAUGGAGAGUUUCUAAUGUUUUAAGUGUCAUAUCCCAGUAGACGACCUUG